AUGCCCACAACCAAUAUAUUCUCCUCGCUCCUGGACUGUUUCUCGUGCUGCGGCCAGCAGCAGGACUCCAAGCAUGACCAGUACCUGCAGCCGCUCAACCUGCUGCAGCCGCAGGUCCCGUCGGUCACAGUGGAGGAGCUGGUGGAGCAGAGCAGCACGGCGCGGGAGCGGGUGUGGCGCAGCCUCGGCAGCCUGGAGCCGUUUGCGCUUGGGCAGAGCCCCGCCAGCACCUCGGUGAUGGCGGGGCCCAAGUGGCCCGCGGUGCGGCAAAACUUCCGGGUCAUCCACCGGCCCAGCGGCAACGUCAUGAUUGUCAGCGACGGGCUCAGCGACCCUUUUGACGACAUCCAUGAGGGCGAGAACAACGUCAACGGCUUUGGCCUGGAGUUCUUCAUUGAGACGCCUGCCGAGGAGAUUGGCAGCUCGCUGACCGACAUCAAGAAGAGCUGGCAGUUUCAGCUGCUCUACACAGUCAGCCAGCUGGCGGCAGGGCACGGCGGCAUCUCCAAUAUCAUUGAGGACAUGCAGCUGCUGUCCACAGAGGCGGAGGGGGUGAACGAGGCUAUCCCAGAGGAGAGGCGCAAGGCGCUGGUGAACCGCGCCGGGCGCUUGGGCGCGCUGCUGGGCCUCACAGACACGCGGGCAGGCGCACCAGACUUCGUGCCGGAGCGGAUAGAGGGCAUGCCGCUGACGGAGGUGCGCUUUGUGAACAUCAAGCUCAUCACGCUGGCAGAGCUCAAGCUGAUCACAGACCGCGGCGCGGAGGGGCGCCGCAAGCUGUCGGAGCUGCUGGAGGGCGAGGCGCGCCUUGUCAGCUCCGUGCAACGAGAGUCGGUGCUCUAG